AUGGGCCAACCUCCACCUCCAUCGUCAUCAUCAUCUCUCUUCACAAUAACGGAACAUGUUCUUGAAUGCCAGCAUAUUCGGGAGUACCCCAAAGCCACCAAAGCUGGCACCGAUUCACCAAAGCUUGUGGUGAAAAGGUAUACACCAAGAUUAAAUUUGAACACCAGACCGGGAGACCUGACAAUAAUUGGUGCCCAUGGGUCCGGAAUUCCUAAGGAAGUCUACGAACCGCUAUGGGGUGACAUAUAUCUGAAACUGGUCAACCAAGGUAUUCGAGUUAAUUCAAUCUGGAUCGCCGAUACUGCGAGCCAAGGGGCGAGCGGUGUUGUAAACGAGGGUAUUCUGGGAAAUGAUCCCUCAUGGUUCGACCACGCGCGAGAUUUACUGUUCAUGAUCAAUCAAUUCAAAGCCGACAUGCCCAGCCCGAUUGUUGGGAUCGGGCAUAGCCUCGGAGCUGGACAAUUAGCCUUGUUAUCACUACUGCAUCCGCGGCUCCUCACAUCUCUCGUUAUGAUCGAGCCUGUUCUAGAAAAGGACCUCCACACCGGCCAUGGUGUAAGUUUUGCGAAAGUAACGCUCCCGCGAAAGACCGCCUGGUCUUCACACGACGAGGCAGCAAGAUACUUCAAGAAAAUCCACAAGAAGUGGGAUCCCCGAGCUCAUGAUCUGUGGAUGGAACACGGGCUUCGUGAGAUUUACGCCCCGGAGGAGCAUACAUCGGAGACACCUCUGGAAUCUUCGCCUGUCGUAUCAAAGCCGCUGAUUACUCUAACAACAUUGCCCGAGCAGGAAGUGGUGUUCUACGUGCGACCUAACUUCGACAGAAAGAAACCGGCAUCCGGUGACGCGUCGCAUCCGGACAUCAUUGGGCCGCCGCACGCAAUUUAUCCAUUCUAUCGGUAUGAGCCAAUCCUGGCGUGGAAUCUAUUGAAACACAUUCGGCCACCAGUGCUGUAUCUAUUUGGUGAUAAGAGCCCAUUCUCGAGUCCUCAGGGCCGAGAAGAGAAGGUGGAGCGGACAGGGAUUGGGAUUGGUGGGAAUGGAGGGCAUGAAAGGGGUAAGGUUAAGGCGGUUACGAUUCCUGGUACCGGGCAUAAUUUGCCGCUCGAGAAUAUUCCUAGGGUCUCUGAUGAGAUUGCUGGGUGGCUGAAGACUGAGAUGGAGAGGUGGAAAGAGGAAGAGAAGGCAAAUUAUUGUGGACAUCCGGGUGGUGAGGAGACGUCCGGAUUGAAGAACUGGGGUCCACAUUUGGAUGAGUCACUGCGCAUAGCCAAAGCGGCAAGGAGAUCGAAUUUGUAG